AAUACAGUGUUACUUUAGCUGUUCUUAGAGAGUGAUUUUAUAUUAUUAUUUCACUAUAAGUCACUAUAAUCAUAGUAAUACACUUUCUAUUAUUGUUGAAUAUGAUCAAGUUAUUGUAAGUUGUUCUCUUUGUAAGUCCUGAUUUUUAAAGCCUGGGGCACUUUUAUCUUUUAUCUUCAUCCUUUAUCAUGUUUGUAUCAUGUUUGUUUGUUGUCUCUAUUGUUUGUUUGUUUGUUUUGUCAUAAGGACAACCCAGCUCUACCUACAGGUACCAAUAAAGUAAUGUUGAACCUUAAGCUCACUGUGUAUGAUCACUAUCUCUUCCACUAACGGCUCCAUUUUAAAGCUUCAGGGUGAAAAUAUCUGAUUAUCUGUAUACUGGGGUCCACACAGUACUGGAGUUGCAUAAACAGGGAAUGACGGAAAGCUGAGGCACGUACUUGAUGCCCCCUCCCCCAGUCAGAAAAGUGUGGAAACGCCCCUGCGCACACCAGAACUGAUCAUAAAACACAAUAAAUUGACUAUUAAUCAGCGACUGAGAUCAAUAAACAAAUAAACAAAUAAACAAACUACAGUAGCAUUAGUCACGUUCAUGGUAGUGAGCUCGAGGCUAUUAUUAGAAAGUUACGUCACGGCACAGUGGAGCGCGCCUGCAUCUCUGAGAACAUCAUAAUCACCGCCGUUAGCGGAGAACUGCGGGUCCCUCCCUCUCCCCCACAUGGACCGGAACCACGCAGCACCACGUGACCCCGGAGCCCUGGACUGAGCGAGCGUCUCACACCGCAUCAUGGCUGCGGAGGAUGCGGCCGCGCGGUCCGGAACCGGAGCCCUGCUCUCCCGCGGGGCUCCGCUCUCUCCCUCCCGCCUGCUGCUGCUCUCCCUGGCCGCCUGCUCUCUGCUCCCCGCCCCGGCGCUCGGCUUGCUCGGCUUUCGGCCGGAGGAGACCGGGGCGGAGCUGUCCGUGGAGGACGGGGUGCUGAAAGCCAUCGAGGGGACCCGCUUCAUGCUGCGGGUUUAUUACUCCACCUCCCCGCAGAGGCUCAACCGCACCGCGGGGACUCGCGCCAACAACGCCGCGCCCUGGAUCGCCUUCAUCGAGGAGCCAACUCCCGGGCGAGAGGGACAAGUUCACCCGAAGCGGAACAUGUGCAUGGACAAGAACGCCAGGACGUCCGACAUCGAGGUUUUAGGUUCUUUCAAGUCUGCCUCCAGUCAGAACUCGGUGCUGGUGGAGCUGCUGGCCAAGGACCUGCGGAGGGGGGAGAAGAUCAAAUACUACUCCAUGUGCGCCUUCGACGGGUCCAAAUGGGAACACUACCGGACCCGGGAUUUCUGGGUGGCUGUGGCGGAGCGGUCGGCUGUCCCGGAGCUCUGGCUGCAGGUGUUGGUGUCCGUGCUGCUGCUCGGACUGUCAGCCCUGUUCAGCGGGUUGAACCUCAGCCUGCUGGCGCUGGACCCGGUGGAGCUGCAGGUCCUCCAGAACAGCGGCACCGACAAGGAGCAGAACUACGCGCGCAAAAUCGAGUCUGUGCGUCGGCACGGUAACUACGUCCUGUGCACUCUGCUGCUGGGGACCGCGAUCAUCAACGCCUCGCUGGCCGUGUGGAUGUGCCAGAUCCUGGGCAUGACCUGGCUCUCCACGGUCAUCUGCGCCUUCGGCAUCUUCUUCAUCGGGGAGAUCCUUCCACACUCGGUCGCGUCGCGUCACGGUCUGGCCAUCGCCUCCAAAACCAUCUGGGUGACGCGGCUGCUGAUGGUGCUGUCCUUCCCCAUCUCCUACCCCAUCAGCAAGCUGCUGGACCUCAUCCUCAACCAGGAGAUCUCCAACUUCUACACCAGAGAGAAACUCCUGGAGAUGCUGCGCGUCACCGACCCCUACCACGACCUGGUCAAAGAGGAGCUCAACAUCAUCCAGGGCGCGCUGGAGCUGCGCACCAAGACCGUGGAGGACGUCCUGACGCCGCUGACCGACUGCUUCAUGCUGGCCUCGGAUGUCGUCCUGGACUUCAACACCAUGUCGGAUAUCAUGCAGAGUGGAUACACGAGGAUACCGGUGUUCGAGAACGAGCGGUCCAACAUCGUGGACAUCCUGUUCGUCAAGGACCUCGCGUUCGUGGACCCGGACGACUGCACCCCGCUGAAGACCAUCACCCAGUUCUACAAACACCCGCUGCACUGCGUCUUCAACGACACCAAACUGGACGCCAUGCUGGAGGAGUUCAAGAAAGGGAAGUCCCACCUCGCCAUCGUGCAGCGAGUGAACAACGAGGGCGAGGGCGACCCUUUCUAUGAGGUGAUGGGCAUCGUCACCCUGGAGGACGUCAUUGAGGAGAUCAUCAAAUCAGAGAUCCUGGACGAGACAGACCUCUACACUGAUAAUCGCUCAAAGCGCCGCGUCUCUCACCACGAGCAGAAGCAGCAGGACUUCUCCAUCUUCAAACUGUCAGAGAACGAAAUGAAAGUGAAGAUUUCUCCUCAGCUCCUCCUGGCAACCCACCGCUUCCUGUCCACAGAGGUGGAGCCCUUCAAACCAGCUCACAUCUCAGAGAAGAUCUUGUUGAGGCUGAUCAAACACCCCAGUGUGGUUCAGGAACUCAAGUUUGAUGAGAAGAACAAGCGAGCACAGCAGCACUUUCUCUUCCAGCGCAACAAACCGGUGGACUACUUCAUCCUGGUGUUGCAGGGUCGAGUUGAGGUGGAGUUUGGUAAAGAGGCGCUGAAGUUUGAGAAUAGCGCCUUUUCUUACUUUGGGGUACCUGCCAUCAUGCCAACAGUCCACAGAUCCCCCUCCCGCAGCAGUGGUUUGGACCGCUCUGAGUCCAUGCUGUACGGAGGAAGCAUGAGCCAGCUGAACGGAGGGGGGAACGUCUACCUGCCGGACUACUCUGUCAGGCAGCUCACACACCUUCAGAUCAUCAAGAUCACACGGAGCCACUACCAGAACGCUGUAACAGCCACCCGGAUGGACAGCUCUCCUCAGACGCCUGACGCCGACGCCCGUCUGACAGAAAGCAACACCGUGACCCCGGAGCCUCCGGCGGCGGAGCAUGGGGCCACCCUAAUGCCCCCGCAGCACACCACCGGGGCCACCCUCAUGCCCCCACCCAGAGAGCCCACCCGGCCCGGCUCAGCCCGAACACGAGGACAGCAGUCCAGCGUCCCACACAGCACCUCCCUGCUGAACGAGAAGAACCGCAUCGUUCGCAGUAAGUCUGACGGCCAGAAGAGUCCCAGCGACUCAGUGUUUCUCAGGAUGGAUGAGAUCCCCUACAUCAGAGAGGACAGAUCUGAGACGGAGGCACACACUGACAUGGCCUCUGUUCCCAUAGAAACGGACACGUCUCCUUUCAUCAGCAGCCUAUCGCUGAGCGGCUCAGAGGACACACUCGGCAAGAAACUCCUGCUCAAACUCAGCCACAAAAAGAGGAAAAAAUCCCGCGAAGGAGAGAAAACGCCAGAGGACAUUUCAGAACAGCCGCUGGUGAAAACCUAGCAGAGUGUGUGAGAUAGAGACCCGAACACUGCGUCGUCUUUAAGUUGUUUGUAAAGACGAUGUGGUUGGUGAACUACAGCUAUCAGAGUUUUAUCUGAAGACAACACCCCCCCCCCCCCCACACACACACACACACACACACUGUAGGUGAUUAUAAAGUGGACCCAUCACCAGGAAUGUACUGAACACAUGGAUGGAAGAUACUAUUUUAUCAAAGUCCCGGGGGGUUGCAGCUUUGGCAAUAUGCAUUAAACCGUAGCUUCUCAUCUUCACAGGUUUUUCAUGCUGAUGCUCGUGUAUAAACACAUGACUGUGAAUGUAAAAGGUUUGUAGUAAAAAUAGUUUUUAUACACUAUAUACCCUCCUCAUGUCAUCACUUCUCCAAUGGAGCUCAAGGGAAUAACAGUACACAGGAAACGGAUGGAAGACACCAAAGAUGUUGCUGUUUUGUACAUACUGCUCCUAAUUGCACACAGGAAAACAGAACAGAAGUAAACUGGCUGCUUUGUGUUCGGGCUUUUGAUUUGAAAGGUUUGGUUAAUGCUUGUUACCAUGCUAAUUAUAUCUAUAGUCUAACAUGUUGAUGUAUAAAAGUAUCAUUUUAACCUUUUAUUCAUCUACGAACAAGCCUUUCAUUUUCAGAUUGUGUCUGGAUGUCUUUCCGAAAUGCAGAUUGCCACAUAUAUAUAUAUAUAUAUAUAUAUAUAUAUAUAUAUAUAUAUAUAUAAAGAUGUAUGACAUGACAGCUUUCCAAAAGUGAAGCCAAAACAUCUCAAUCGCCCCCUGGUGGCUGACUGUAUGUUAGCAAAUGGGACAUGGGCCAAACUAAAACGUGUUUGAUUUUAAUUAGUUAUUUCAAGCUAUAAAAAAAGAUGGUUUCACGUCAUGAUUGACAGCUGAGCCCUGCUUGUGAUUGAGUUGGCCCGGCAUAUGAGCGGGAAUACGAUACUGUGCCAACCCUGAUCACUAUUGCCUAAGACUCUGGCUCAGGAUGGCAAAAGAUGGCAGCGGCUGUAUCCCGGGUUAAUUUUGGCUUCAUUUCUGUACAGUGGGAGGAAGUGGAGACUUUAGAGAGUAUCUUUUAUAUGUCCACGAUUGACACAUUCUCAUUCAAGUACAUGAAGUGGCCAAAAGUAUGUGGACACCCCUGUUGUUCUUAGAGUGAUAUUUUUAGAUGUUGGUUUGUGUCAGCAGUUUUUUUGUGUAAGGACUUGACUGGCCUGCACAGAGCCCCGACCUCAACCCCCUCCGACUCCUUUGAGACUGGAACAACGACUUGGAGCCAGACCUGAUUACCCAAUAUCAGUGUCGGACUUCACUGAUGCUCUAGUGGCUGAACGGGAGCAAAUCCCUGCACCCAGGUUCAAACAUCUGGAGGAAAAAUGUUCAACCAUCACACAAGUGUAAAGUUUUGGUGUCCACAUACUUUUGAUCAUGUCGGGUGUAUUGUGUUCAGUAAUAAUAUGCUUUCGACUACUAUAAGCUUGGACUAACUACCUUGUUAUUUAACAGUGAUCAGACUGCAUUUAUGUGGCUGGUCAUUUGUUCUGCUUUGUGGUGAAAUAUAUCAUCAGUCCUUGUUGUUUUUCUCCGGAGCUCUUCUUUUUCAUUAUCAUUCAUUAUUAUUCAUUAUUAUUUUGUAUUCUUUUUCAGCUAUGUGAUUUGAACAGCAUUUUUUAUACCUCAUAAAUAUUUCAUUUUUUUAAAAUCUUUUUUAUUUGGACCUUAGAGGACUGGACGUGGAUAAAAGACGGACUGGAGCUUCCUGUCUGCAUAUAGAUUUUAGAAAAUCUUGUGUCAGGUUUUCAUUUGAGUUCAGUUUUAUUCAUCACACGACUUGCGACCACUGAACCUCUUCAAAUGAUCGGCGCUUGAGCUGAGCCCUUUUCAUUGGAUCCAUUUCAAUUAUGAAUGAAUGUCAUUCUCUCUGGCCUUUCUUUAUUGGAAGUGAAAAGAAACUGAGCUUCAUGGCUGCAGGAACCGUUCACACACGGGAUGUGGUGGCUCUGUCUCCUCAUAGGAUAGUGAUUGUAUAUGUUAUUGGCUUUCUGAAGUCAGCACCUUUUCAUGGUGUCAAAAUUGGACACAAACAUCCAACAAGGCUCAAGUCUCUGAUGUAUUUAUCACACAUGUCAGUGUUUCCAACGAUUUCUAAACUCAACCAAUCAACAUGUAGAUAAUUACUAUGACACAAACAUAUCUUAAAGCUGCAGUAGGUAACUUUUUAUAAAAAAUAACUUCUUGUCAUAUUUGUUGAAACUUUGAUAUACCCUGACAGUAGUACAUGAGACAGAUAAUCUGUAAUGACAUCAGGUUCUUCUGGCUCCUCCUAGUGCUCCUAAUGGCAUUUGAAAGAAUCCACAGGGUCUGGGUCAUGUUUCUCCAGCAUGAUUUAAUACUAACAACAGUAAAUUUAGGGAGUGGUUGCGCUUUAAAUUGGCAUGAAAUACUUUUAUCAAGCUUCAUUUCUUCAACUGCUACCCACUUUCUGUAUAAGAGCAUUACUGGAAACACUUAAUGCAACAAGAUUGUGGAGGAGAAACCACAGAUAGGGUAGACAUCUGUAGAUUUGUUUAUUUCAGACAAAAACAGCAUCAGCUAAUUUCACUAAUUAUCACAUCUGCAAUGAGGUAAAAGAAAUAAGUGGAAUGUGGCUUUUGGUGUUACUGAGUCAGCCGUUUUCAUGGAAGACAUUUCUGACAGGAAGAGCACAGGUGUAAAUGGUUGAGUUCCAUUUAGCUGCUUUAGAUGAGGUCCUGGUGUUGUGAAGGCUGACUCACUGUCACACUCAAUGUCAUUGCUUGCUAGUCGAGUCAAAGUGUUUGUACAGCAAGACAAAACCUUGACAGGGCCUUUAGCUGAUGAUUUGUCAUAUUCACACCUGGCAGGGGCGGAUCUAGACAAAUAUUCAUGGAGGGCAGAAGUAUAUGCUGAUUUAAUUGCAAUCAAUAUUUGCUUUUAAAGGCCCCAAAUUCAGAUAUUGUCUGUAAAAAAAAACAUUACAUUGUGUGGCACAUUAGUAAAGCAUUGAAUAGAAUGAAUUUCUAUGUUAUUUUUAUUUGAUUUUAUUAGCAUUUGAUGGGGUGGCAGUUGGGGUGUCCAAGCAUUUUUUAGGGGUGGCGGAUCCACCCCUGCCCCCGGGGGAGAGAUACAGUGAGUUCAAGAUAUAAUUAGAUUUCUGUUUGUAGUAUCCAAUAUAUCAAUAUAAUACCCAAAUUAAUUCACUUAUAAAGGAUAUGUUUUUUAAUAUUUUUCUGGAAAAAUGGGGGAAAUUAUGGGGAUUUUAUAAUAGUGGCUGUUAUCUUAGUUAACGUUUAACGUAGUUACCAUAUUACUAUUAUUUUGGAGCCUUAACACUAAAAGAUGUGUUGCUUUCUAAAUUCUUGAAGGACUCACAGCAUGGAAAUGGCAACCUAGAAGAGCUCAUACAAGUCUUAGUUUGUGAAUUUAAUGCCACAGUCAACAUGUCAACCCAUAUAAAGUACAUUUACAUGUGUUAUAUGGGUUUUCAAAAGCUUCCUGGUUAUGUUAUGUGCAUGUAAACGUCAGAUCCUGGUUUCAGAAAUGUGGAUAUGCUACCUGGACAGAGUUUGUAUGUUGUUUACGGGGAUAUGAAUAACCAGGUUUUCCAUGUUCUGUGUAAAUGCCUUACCCUGAAUAUGAGCAAAAACAGGAUAAGACUAUAAAAACCAGCGUGUGCAUGUAAACAAACUCAUAAGAGAGAAAAAAAAUGUGACUUCUUGCGGCCCAGAAUCCUUCAGUUCUGCCCGACUGUGCAUCGUAUGCUGACUGCGUCCUGAACCUGCAGUGCUGUGGACUUUCUGUGUUUGUCUGCAUGGUGUUAGAGGGACGGGGUGGACGGGCGUGGCUCUGUCUGACUACGUUUGCAGGAUCAGAUUUGUGCCACUGCAGCACAGAGGAGGAGGAAAGGGGGGAUGCAGGGGAGGGUGGAUGAGGAAAAGGGGGGGGGUGCAGAGAGGAAUGUGAAGUUUCAGGUCUGAAGCUGUUAUUGCCCUUUUAUAACAGUGAAAAUAUAACAUCUGUUCCUGCCUGAACCUGCUGCAUUUGCACUUGUUUGGAGGUUUUAAAGGUCUCAACAUUCAUACACUCUCACUAUUUGUUGUGGGUUUUUCACUCUUACAGAGAGAGAAGGUUCCUCAGGAAACAGUUUGGAUGUAAUUAAAAGAAAAAUGACAAUCAUCAAAUUUAAUGAUCCUAAAUAUAAUAAAUAUGCCUCUCCCAGAAGUAUUGGCUUUUAAACACCCAAAUCGAUCCAUGGCAGGCUGGGGACGACGAAGAGGAAGGAGGGCUGCCUUCUAACUCAGCUCAUUGGCUAAUGUAACAGGCGGGGGGGGGCAUCCCUCCUGGGUGCAAUAUAUCAGACCUGCUGAGUCACUUUGCUGCAUUGGAGCAGCGACCACAGCCAAUCAGCAUCAUCCUUUGAGGUCAAAGACAGACAAUAACUGCUUCUGGGUACGUUUUCCUGCUGCAGAUCCAGCUGUGUUCUUAAAGAGGCUGAGAUCAGUUUUGUAUUUUCACUCUUUCUGCUAUGAGCCAGUAUACUCUCUGACUGCUGCUUCUGGACCUUUGUAUUGUUUUCAGCUCUGUUCUGCUGUGUUUGUAAUGGAAGGACCUGUGUGGAAGAGAGGGAUGAUGACAUGUUUUGGGAAAGAAUAUGAUAGAAAGCAACUGUGUGACAGUAUUUUGCAUCAAAAUAUACAGAAAUAUAAAGCUCCACAACACUCUGAA